GGAGCUACACAAAUCAGGCUACAAAAACAACGGUCGCAAAGCGGAAAUCUAGACGACUCGACGGAUAUGGAAGGGCUUAAGGGCCUUGUGACCUCAAGGCAGCCUCGAGGUGACGGGGCAAAGUGGUUGUACUAGGUCUCCCCCAUACAAGGCUUUUUGGCCUUGACAUUCUUAAGCGCUCCAUUAUGUGGGCGAGAAGAACUCCUUAAUCGACUGUGAUCCUCCUCUACGCCUCUACGCCUCUGCACCUCUCCCUCAGCUUUAUCUCUGAUACUACACAUAUCCUCAAAAAGCCUUGCUAUCAUGCCCAACGUACGCAACAUCGUUCGUCGAUCCCGCCGGUUGUCACAUCAGUCACCGAUUGCAGCUGAAGAUUAUGUCUAUGAAGAUUCCUACUUCCCUCAGUCGGGCUAUUCAAGCGUUAGGACCGUUGGCAUUCCUUCGAUUCAUACCACACCCCCAUCGCCUGUUGGAACUAUAAUCUCUGCCUCCCACAUUUCUUCGUCACUAUCCCCUGUCCUAUCCCACUUGUUGUCGUUCCCUAAUCGUUCAUCGCACUCCCGUAAAAAAGAGGAAGGUCACAUACCCCGCCCUCCCAACGCCUUCAUCGUCUUUCGUUCUUGCCUUUGGAGUAAUGAGGAUUUCAGAAGCCUAGAAUCUGACCAUCGCAACGUUUCGCGCAUAGCUGGCGAGAGAUGGCGUAACUUGUCUGACGACGAGAAGGAACCUUUCGUGCAGAUGGCGAAAGAAGCUAAAGCACUGCAUGCGAAUAUGUAUCCCAACUACAAAUACUCUCCCUCUCAUCGCACUGUCGCGGGACCAAAACGGAAGGGGAGACGCAACAGCGAUGAGGAGAGGACCAAGUGUGACAUGAUCGCUACCCUCCUGCAGAAAGGAGUUGAGGGCUCUGCAUUGGCGCACGCGAUGGCACACGUCAAAUCUGAAGAUGAAGACGAGAUCAUACCGACACCCAUCAUCCCUCCACAAGCUCCCAUAGUCGCCCCCAGGGCUCUACCUCCUGUCCAAUCGCGUGAACAUCGCAAAAAGAAGGUCGCUGCUCGUCCUCGAGUCACCCGCCAAACCACUGCGCAACGUCGCGCCGCAGGCCUUGAUCUUGACGCCCCAAGGGCUUGUUUGUUCCCACUUGCCUCUGCUUCCCGGGAGGCCACACCUAUUCUGGAGCAAAUCAACAGUACCUCUGAACUGCUGUAUCCAGCCGAUAUGUUGGAUGAGUUCGUUCCUACUAAUGAAAUUCCACCUCUAAAUCUCGAUGCUAUAUGUGAUAUGAAGAUUGCAGAACAGGAGACAUCUGACAUCUUCUACUCAGGCAUCAAGCCAGCUGCAGGGCUUUCCUACUUCGGUGCUGAGCUCGAUGUCAUGCCUUUCAAUGACUCCUACUUCCUCGACCCCAGCCUGCAGUUGCCCCCCGACUCCACCCCUUAUCGAAAAUAACGACUCUCCCC